AAUGAGAUGGUCACAUUGAAUAGAUGUCAUUGUAAUUGUCAAAUUUUAUAUUUUAUAGUAUUUGCAUUGCGUUCUUCAUUUAUUACAUUCUCAAAUUUUGUUUAACUUAAAUUGUCUCAAGACUUAUUUUCGUAUAAAUAAAUGGAGUGAAACGUAUAUUUGAAAAUAUUUUGUACCUCUUGAUUGCUAGUGAGUAUUUAAAUGUUAUUGAACGUAAUUUUGUGACAAAAAGAAAUGACUGUUAAUUUUUUUAUAUUAUCAAAAAAUCGUGAAUGCCACAAGUACAAUUGUUAGUUGGUGGCGUAUGGAGAAUAAAAUGGGUGAUUUGUAUAUAGCCGUCGUCUGCUCUUCGAAUAUGAACCGAAGUAUGGAAGCUCAUGCAUUCCUCGUCAAAAAGGGUUUCAAAGUGAAAUCAUUUGGCACAGGCGAGAAAGUUAAAUUGCCAGGACCUUCGGCUGAUCGACCCAAUUGCUAUGAAUUCGGUAUCCCAUAUGACGAUAUAUAUAAUGAUUUGUUAGAAAAAGAUAAGGCAUACUACACUCAAAAUGGUUUACUUCAUAUGUUAGACAGAAACAGAAGAAUCAAACCCUGUCCAGAAAAGUUUCAAGUGUCCACAGAAAGAUUUGAUGUAGUUAUAACAUGUGAGGAAAGAGUGUAUGAUCAGGUUAUAGAGUGGUUUGGUUCAAGAAGAUCAGUUCAUAACCAACCAGUACAUGUUAUCAAUAUUGACAUUCAAGAUAACCAUGAGGAGGCCACUAUUGGUGCAUUUUUGAUUAGUGACAUGGUUGCAAAAAUGGCCUUAAGUGAAGAUUUAGACAAUGAUAUUGAUGAAUUGUUACAUGAUUUCGAAGCAAAGUGCCACAGACCAAUUUUGAACUGUAUUAUGUUUUAUUGAUAUAUGUACAUAUAUAUAUUAAAAGUGAAUGGAAGGAUGAUUAGUAAGAUUCUCAGGCAGCACUGCAACAUGGAAUCUGCUAUUGAGAGCAGAUUUUAUUAGUAUUCAUGAAGUUUAUAAAGUGAAAUGUAGGUACAAUAUACCUAGAAAUACUUAACAGACUGAUAAAAAUUUAUUGAUAUAAACAUGACUAAUGUAAAUGAAAUGGAUUAUUACAAUGUAUUAUCCCUUGUGGCUAAAGCUUUAGUUAUUAUUUGAAAAUAAAUGCUUUUUUCAUAAA